AGCAAGCCUCGGCCGUGCCGGGCCGAGCGGAAGAGCAGAGGCGAGCGAGCAGUCCACGGUUCAGCGGCUGACCACGCGGGCCGCGGCCGGCCGCAGCGCACACAAGCCUACCUACCCAAAUCCUUCCCCCCGCGCGCGACAAGAGCUCAGCGAGAGCGAGUGCCCUCAUCCAUCGCCCUAUUUAUCCACCACGCCCCCCCACCCUGCGCUGCGCGCACCCACCCCACCUGCGAAAACGCUCGCGAACCACUCCACCAACGCCAAGGCAGGGUCCGAGGCGGAUCGGCAGGCCCCGCGGAUACGCGCGCGCGCGAGCAUGGGCGUCCUGCGGAGCACGCAGGGCCUGCAGGCGGAGGUGGACGCGCUGCGCGCCGCGCUCCUGGCCGGCGGCGGGCACGGCGCCGCGGCCGGGUGGCGCCGCUCGGCGGGCGCCAAGCGCGCCCCGGGCGCCGCCGGCGGGGCGGAGGCGCGCGCCGUGUGCGUCACGGGCGGCAUCUCCUUCGUCGGCUUCGCCGUGGUCGACCGCCUCCUCCGCCACGGCUACACCGUCCGCCUCGCGCUCGAGACGCAAGAGGACAUGGACAAGCUGCGGGAGAUGGAGAUGUUCGGCGAGGACGGCAGGGACGGGGUGUGGACGGUGAUGGCCAACGUCAUGGACCCGGAGAGCCUCCGCUGCGCCUUCGACGGGUGCGCCGGCGUGUUCCACACCUCCGCCUUCGUGGACCCAGGGGGCAUCUCCGGCUACACGAAACACAUGGCAAGGUUAGAGGCCCAAGCAGCGGAGCGGGUGAUCGAAGCGUGCGUGAGGACAGAGUCCGUCAGGAAAUGCGUCUUCACCUCUUCACUGCUGGCAUGCGUGUGGAGGCAGAACUACCCCCAUGACCGGCGGUUCCCCACCAUCAUCGAUGAGAACUGCUGGAGCGACGAGAGCUUCUGCCGCGACAACAAGCUGUGGUUCGCACUUGGCAAGACGGCAGCGGAGAAGGCGGCGUGGAGGGCAGCCCGGGGGCGAGACCUGAAGCUGGUCACCAUCUGCCCCGGGCUCGUCACCGGCCCGGGGUUCCGCCGCCGCAACUCCACUGCGUCCAUCGCCUACCUCAAAGGCGCUCGUGCCAUGCUCUCCGACGGCCUGCUCGCCACGGCGAACGUGGAGACGGUGGCGGAGGCGCACGUCCGCGCGUACGAGGCGAUGGGCGACAACACCGCGGGCGGGCGGUACAUCUGCUACGACCACGUGGUCCAGCGGCCCGAGGAGUUCGACGAGCUGGAGCGCCAGCUGGGGCUGCCGGGCGGCGCCGCGGCCGCGGCCGCGCGGGGCGCCGGCGACGACCGGCCGGCCAGGUUCGAGCUCUGCAAGCGGAAGCUGGCCAGGCUCAUGUCCUCCAGGAGGAGGUGCACGUACGACACCUACUACUCCGUCGCGUUUGAUUAGCCAAGGCUCUGUCUGCAAGCAGGGCUAGGCUGGCUGCUGAUGCAAAGUAUCAAGGCAGAUUUCCUGGGUUUGCCCUGACUGACGGGCGAUACCGCUGGUGCUACUGAUGAGCAACGAUCGCAGCAAGGGUUGGCUGCACCGACCUGCAUUCGGUGGUCCGUUUUGCUUGACGAGGGGAGCAAUAGCUAGAUUGCUAGAGCUCGUUGCUCUCAACUUUUCCUUGUGGAUAGGAAGGAGCAGAGAGCUCGGAUGAGAGUGUGUGCAAUGAUGUACUACUAGUGAGGCCAGGUGCAAUCUUGUACUGCGGCUAUCUUUCACCCACACGACCGCACAGCAAACUUUGUACAGGUCACUCACUGCCAAAAAAAACAGAUUGCACAA